AUGGAUGGCCCUAUAGACUCUACCCAACCACAUACACAUCACGACAUUCAUUCGAUCAAACCAAUUCUUGUUGAUACUUCAUUUGAACCUCAUCGGGUAGGCAGCCCAGCAAGUAGAAACAGUCCAGCUUAUAGCCUACCAAAAACCCCUCCACCGAAGACAACUAUCGGGGAGUUACUCGUAAAAGAUCAGCAACCUCUACCAGUCCCACCACCCAGUCGAUGCCCAGUGGUUCCAAUUCAACAUCAUGUGGCCAAAACAGAGAUUAGACGGUUGCCGAAUCCUGAGGAUGAUGGCGAUGAGCUGGAGAGAAAAUUGGCUGCACAAAGGGCCAAAAAGCAGUACGCAUCCAUGCCAAGCCCAAAUUCUACGGUGAUAUUCUCAAGUUCGAAUGAUAGUGCAGAAACCAGUCACAGCGAUCCCAAACCUGAAGUGAAAGAGCCUUGCACUGAACCUUUACCUAGUCACCCUCAGGAGAACAUCCCUUCAAAACCACAAAACGUAGUCGAAGUCCAAGCUGAAGUACACUCUAGCUCUGAUCACACAGACCACAAGUUGUUCAGAAAAUCCCCUUCACCACUCAAUCUGCGAUCCCCAGCUCCUCCAUCCUCACCGCCUCCACCACCUCCACCACCACCACAGCUAGUCAGGAAUAUUUCCAGAGAAGGCUCAGUAGACCGAGUAAAGGAUAGCCUUAAAAACACUUUGGAUCCUGAUGAUCUUAGAAGUUUAAUCCUUGAGGAAAUUCGUAGCCCACCUCCUGUGCCUCCGCCAAAGCCACUUAGCCGACCACAAUCUCCAGCUAUUGCUAAGGUAAGGAGCACCGCAUGA